AUGGAGCUGCCAAAGAAACCCAGCAGCGACCUCAAGGGCUACUCUUGCGUAAGCUGCAGACAGCGAAAGGUUAGAUGCGAUAGGCGUGCCCCUUGUAUGAAUUGCACCAAAGCCGAGAAACAAUGCAACUUCAUCGCCCCCAUACGCGGAAAGCGGAAAAGAACGAAGCCUCUUCGAGAGACUCUUCAUGCUCGGCUGAAACGAUAUGAAGAAAUGCUCAAGGCCUACGGCGCCAAAAUUGAGCCAAGCGAUGGCACUGGCAUGUCUGAUUCGGAAACAGAGUCUCAGUCUCACAAUACUCCCGAGUCGAGCGAUGGGACUAUAACAAGAGUCAAGAGCCAGGAGCAUGAAGAUCCUUUGCCGCCAAAAUUUAUCAUGAAAGAGGGAGCCUCGAGAUAUUACGAUAGGUAUUUCCAACAUCCAGAAGCCACCACUUCUUUCAGCGAACCGGCGGAAGAGGAUGUCCAUGUAAUUGAAGAUGGGUUAAUGUUCGAGCCUGAGAGAGGCGACAAAGCCAUGGAUCUUACCAAAUAUCAUCUUCCAUUGCCGCUAAUAUCGAAAUUAAAAGAGUUCUUCUUAGAUAGGGUUGAUCCUAUGAUGAAGUUCCUACACCUUCCCACCUUUUGGGCCGCUCUGGCAAAUGAGCUGCCGAAUCCGGAUCGUAUACCCAAGAGUUUAGAGGCGCUCAUCUUUGCGUUUUAUUUAGUCUCUAUUUGUUCGUUGAAAGAAGACGAGGCCCAGGAGCUAUUUGGCGUGGAGUUGCAGGUUCUCCUUUAUCGCUAUCGAGUUGCAACUCGGCAAGCCUUGGUAAAUGCGAGGUUCUUGUCAACAGCGAACCUGAUGACGCUUCAAGCGUUUUCUAUAUUUAUAAUAUGUGUCAGAAACAUUUAUCGAUGCGAUACCCUCUUUGUUUUGUCCGGCGUCGCCGUCCGGCUGGCUCGUAAAAUGGGACUGCACCGCGAUGGAACGUUUCUUGGCCUACCUCCCUUUGAGACAGAAAUGCGAAGGCGGCUUUGGUGGCAUAUUGCCCACAUAGACUUUCGUACAGCCGAUGUAAUGGGCACCAAGCCGUCGCCAGAAAUCGCCACUGCUGAUACAAAAAAGCCUAUCAAUGUCGAGGACAGCGAACUCUACCCAGGUAUGGCUGCCCUACCUGAAGAUUUCAGCGGCAUCACGGGGAUAUCGCUUUGUAUCAUAAAGUGCGAAAUGCUUUCGGCUCUGUGCAAAUGCGCAGCCACUCGUCCCCUUGAUUUGCGCUGGGAGAUGCUGUACAGCCCUGACAUUUCGCUCGCCACAAAGGACGGCGUCAUAGAUGAAGUUGAGGACUUCAUGGAAAAGAAAUAUCUGCGGCACUGUGACCCUUUAAACCCAUAUCAUACCUUUUUAUCCAUCAUGGUACGAUCAGCAGUAUGCAAGAUGAGGCUCUUUGCGCACAAUUUGCGACAGUUUGCGCAUCGAUAUCCCAUGGCCACCCAAAAGGACCAUGAUAUAGCAUUUAACAACGCCAUGAAGCUUCUGGAAUAUGCAAACUUGAUUAACAGGGGGCAUAUGGGUUUGGAUAAGUAUCUGUGGCAGAUGGGCACGAGCUACUGCUGGAACACCAUGCUCUAUUUGCUCAUGGAAGUUCGAUGCCGCAAAACAGGGCCUGAAAUCGACAGGGCGUGGGAACUAAUCGGCGUCGUAUUCGCGCGCGCUCCUCAAGUAUUCUCAGAGUUCACGGGCUCUGUUUAUGUGGCGCUGGGCAAAUGGACACUAGAAGUUUGGGACAGCCACAUCGAGGCUGCAAAAGCACAAGGUCUUCCAGAACCGGUACCGCCCGAUUAUAUUCACGCCAUCCGGGACUACCAGGCCUCAAAGUUGGAGGCAGAAACUCCAGUCCAAGAGAAGAAGGCUGAUGUUAAGCCUGUUUCCUGGCCGCCGUCCGGCUAUGACAAAGCCUCGUAUGUAGACUAUCUUGAUGUGGGAUAUUCAGAGCCGCAUAAUUUUCCAAACCUGUCGUCCUUUGAUACGGAUCCAAAUCAGUGGAUACAUUGGGAGCAGCUAGUGGCAGACCAGAGCACCUUCACAUAG